CCCCCACAGAUUUUCUUCUAUAAAAAAUUAACCCUACUAUUAUAUAAAACCCCCUGUUUCCAUCUCAAUCAUUUCCUCCUUCCUCACAAUUGGCCCAGUUUUCCUGCUCCUUGUCCGCGACCUCCGCAUUUUUUUUUCUAUAUUUUGAAUCAGGUUGAAAAGGGAUUUUGAUGGCGUCGAAAAGGAUACUGAAGGAGCUCAAGGAUUUGCAGAAGGAUCCUCCGACGUCAUGCAGUGCCGGUCCCGUAGCAGAAGAUAUGUUCCAUUGGCAAGCAACAAUAAUGGGGCCUUCUGAUAGCCCCUAUGCUGGGGGUGUAUUUUUAGUUUCAAUUCAUUUCCCUCCUGAUUAUCCUUUUAAACCUCCAAAGGUUGCAUUUAGGACAAAGGUAUUUCACCCUAACAUCAAUAGCAAUGGAAGCAUUUGCCUUGAUAUUCUGAAAGAACAGUGGAGUCCAGCUUUGACCAUCUCUAAGGUCCUGCUGUCCAUCUGCUCCUUGUUGACGGAUCCAAAUCCUGAUGAUCCUCUCGUACCAGAAAUUGCUCAUAUGUACAAGACAGACCGGGCCAAGUAUGAGGCCACCGCCCGUAGCUGGACACAAAAAUAUGCCAUGGGAUGAUGGUGAAUCAGCAGUACCUAGCAUGUCCGAAAGACUUUGCAGUUCCAGUGUUUUCCGUUUAUGCUUGGGUGAAAAAAGAAUAAAAUAGAAGUAUUCAUGAGGUACUUUGCUUAUUUUUAACUCUCAGGUUAAUGCUGGGAAUGUACUGACUCUCUCGAUUUGCUCAAUCUUUACUCCAAAUAGAGUCUGGAAUGUACUCGAUCCCUCAAUUUGUGAAUACACGCUGAAAAAGUUGCUAGGAUGAGAACUGUAAUGUAAAAUGUCAUUUGAUGCUUUCCGCAUAUUGUUGAUCAAUGCAUCCGUUACCUUCGUUGAAA